GGCGACGAGCAGGCUGGGCAGGGACAGAGCGCGGGGCGGGGGCGCGGCGCCGGCGUGCGUGCGGCCGGCGGGGAGCGGGGAGGACCCAACUCGGUAGUGAGCCCAGCCAGGUCGCACGGGGGGCGAGGGGAUCUGGUGUUGAUCCGGGUCGGGUGGGUUGGUGACUCUGGAGGGCGCAGGAUCCCAAGGAGACAGAGAGGACGAAAGCUGGAGGGGGAUCAGAAGAGCGGUGAGAGCGCUACGGGGUGUGGGGUAGGAAGGAGGGGGCAUACCAGGUGAGACUGGGGGAAGGUCAGGAUAUGAAGCUGGAGCUUGGAAGGGAGCCAAGGACAGGAUGGGUGAGGCGGGAGACGCGGGGGUUGUGUGAGAUCUGGUCAGUUGGUAAUAAUCGGAGGUGUUAAGUUCCAAGGUGGGAGAGGGGUUGAGAAGGAAGGCUGCGUGGGGAGAAGGGGACUUAGGGCGUCGCCCAGGUGUGGUGAGCGGGUGGAGGAGUGUUGAGCUGAGAUCCUGGGCCAGGUGGGGAAUAAUAGGCAGGGUGGGGGGCUCACUAAGCAGGUGGGCUGAGGUGUGAGGCUGGUAUAAAGAAGUGAAGCAGGGGCCAGGUGGAGGUGAGGAUGAGUCUGGCUGUGGAGGCAUCUCAGAAGUGAGGCCAGCACAGACUGAGGGUGGUCCCAGAGUGGACGGGUACACAGGGAGGGAACCCUACAGUGAGGCCCUAGGCUGGUCAGGGGAGCACCCCCCAUGGGGGAAGCCUCUCCCUGGUGGUCGCUGGAGCCAUGCUGUCCCGCAAGGGCAUCAUCCCUGAGGAGUAUGUGCUGACGCGACUAGCAGAGGACCCUGCGGAGCCCCGGUACCGUGCCCGUGAGCGGAGGGCCCGCUUCGUAUCCAAGAAGGGCAACUGCAAUGUGGCCCACAAGAACAUCCGGGAGCAGGGCCGCUUCCUGCAGGACGUGUUCACCACGCUGGUGGACCUCAAGUGGCCGCACACGCUGCUCAUCUUCACCAUGUCCUUCCUGUGCAGCUGGCUGCUCUUCGCCAUGGUCUGGUGGCUCAUCGCCUUCGCCCACGGCGACCUGGCUCCUGGCGACCUGGCCCCUGGCGAGGGCACCACUGUGCCCUGCGUCACCAGCAUCCACUCUUUUUCAUCUGCCUUCCUUUUCUCCAUUGAGGUCCAAGUGACCAUUGGUUUCGGCGGACGCAUGGUGACGGAGGAGUGCCCGCUGGCCAUCCUGAUCCUCAUUGUGCAGAACAUCGUGGGGCUCAUGAUCAAUGCCAUCAUGCUGGGCUGCAUCUUCAUGAAGACGGCCCAGGCCCACCGGCGGGCCGAGACCCUCAUCUUCAGCAAGCAUGCGGUCAUCGCCUUGCGCCAUGGCCGCCUCUGCUUCAUGCUGCGCGUUGGCGACCUCCGCAAGAGCAUGAUCAUCAGCGCCACCAUCCACAUGCAGGUGGUGCGCAAGACCACCAGCCCCGAGGGCGAGGUGGUGCCCCUCCACCAGAUGGACAUCCCCAUGGAGAACGGCGUGGGUGGCAACAGCAUCUUCCUGGUGGCUCCUCUCAUCAUCUACCACGUCAUUGAUGCCAACAGCCCGCUCUACGACCUGGCGCCGGGUGACCUGCACCACCAUCAGGACCUGGAGAUCAUCGUCAUCCUGGAAGGUGUGGUGGAAACCACGGGCAUCACCACCCAAGCCCGCACCUCCUACCUGGCCGACGAGAUCCUGUGGGGCCAGCGCUUUGUACCCAUUGUGGCUGAGGAGGACGGCCGCUACUCCGUGGACUACUCCAAGUUUGGCAACACCAUCAAAGUGCCCACGCCACUCUGCACGGCCCACCAACUUGAUGAGGACCGCAGCCUGCUGGACGCCCUGACUCUCGCUUCAGCCCGUGGGCCACUGCGCAAGCGUAGCGUGGCCGUGGCCAAGGCCAAGCCCAGGUUUAGCAUAGCUCCGGAUUCGCUGUCCUGAACCAUGGUCCCUUGAGCCCUCACACCCUGUGUGUGCACAUGGACAGUGUGGUAUGGUAUGCAGUGGACAUAGUGUGGGCUUCUUGGCCAGGCCAGGACCUGGUGUGAGGCUGGGCCCUGCUGGGCUCAGCCUCCCCCCCUGCUGCUCGCCCAGGGUGUUACAAGGCACUUGUCACUAGGCUAUUUCUGGCCUCAGCAGGAGCCUGUACUAGGUUAUUUUUGUCCCCACUCCUCCCAGCCCCAGCUCAGGACUGGUUGGUCCCCCUCCCCCCGACCCAAGGCUGGGGAAGCUGUGGGAAGCGUCGGGCCCUCAAGCUGGGUCUCCAGCUAGUCCUGGGUCCCUGUGAUGAACUGGCCACAGGCUCGGCAGAUGGCCGGGGAACAACAGUCCCCAGGUUGGAGGCCUGCUGCUGUGUUUCUGUGGCCCCAAGAGAUGCCUGUGGUCAGGCCCUAGCCGCCGUUGGUCCCUGAAAAUGUGAUGAGCUACAGGGUAGGCCCAGCCACCUGGGAAGGGCAGUCAAGGAGGGAGGAUAUUCCAGCCAGGAGACUGGAGAUGUGGAGCCUACAAAGACGGACAGGCUGAGGCUGACAGGGCUUUCCUCCACGGGGCAGGCUCAAGCAGGAAGGAAAUUGCGUUGAGGAUGCUCAGCUUUGCCGAGUCCUGCGCAGGCACAGGGAAGAGGAAAUGGGCUCUGUGCCCCUGACCUUUGCCCCAACACCAAGGCUUCUACGGUGAGGGCUCCAUGGGCUGUGGCUGCUGCUCCCGCCUGCUCCCAUUCUGUCCCCACCCUCAGAGGCUGGGGUGGGCUGUGGCAGACAUUGGCAUGCCGAGCAGAAAGAGGCUGAGGAGAUGGGAGUCCUCGGCCCACCACACUCAGUGGGCCUCAGACCAAACUCUGGUCCUGGCUCCCACCACUGGCUGCCCCUCACUUUGUCCAGAGGAUGACCUUGGAGAGAGGGUCUUUGGGUUUCUCAAAAAGGAGAUGUUGGAAAGUUCAGGAUGGUGGGGGUGAGCGAGGUCCUUGAGGCAAAGAGGCCUUUUGCCCUGAUGGCCUUCACCCCAAGCCUGGACUCUCAGAACAGUGCUGCGUGUGCUUGCCCAGAAUUCUGCCUUUUCCCUUGUCAAUAAAUCCUCCCUCUUUCAUGA